AUGGAGAUAUUGGAACGCUUGCGGCGGUGGAUCCCGGCGCUGGGCAGAAGCAGCCACCGAUUCCAGCUGCUGGGUGGCUGUGUGUCCCUGGCGCCCCUGCAAGCCUCGGGCUCAGCCGCAGAGUCCAUUGCAAGCAGCAGCACCCCCUGCCUCGCCUCCUGCAGCCGCCUGGCUGGCCGCGCCGGUGCCAAGAUGAUCAGGGGCUGCCUUCUCCAGCUGGGACUCCUUAGCACCAUCACUGCUCAGCCAGAACAGAAGACCACGAAUCUGGUUGGCACGUACCACCAUGUCGACCGUGCCACUGGCCAGGUGCUUACCUGUGACAAGUGUCCAGCAGGAACCUAUGUGUCUGAGCACUGUACCAACACAAGCCUGCGCGUCUGCAGCAGCUGCCCCAGGGGCACCUUCACCAGGCAUGAGAAUAGUAUUGAGAAAUGCCAUGAGUGUAGCCAGCCAUGCCCAGGGUCCAUGGUUCAAAAAUUACCUUGUGCUGCCUUGACUGACCGAGAAUGCACUUGCCCACCUGGCAUGUUCCGGUCUCACGCUACCUGCGCCUCCCACACGGUGUGUCCUGUGGGUUGGGGUGUGCGAAAAAAAGGAACGGAGCUGGAGGAUGUGCAGUGUAAGCAGUGCCCUUGGGGUACCUUCUCUGAUGUGCCUUCUAGUGUGCUGAAAUGCAAAGCCUACGCAGACUGUCUGAGUCAGAACCUGGUGGUGAUCAAGCCUGGGACCAAAGAGGCAGACAAUGUCUGUGGCCCACCCCGAUCCUUCUUGAGCAUGAUUCCACCACCCCCUGGCACAGCCAUCUUUUCACACCCUGAGCACAGGGAAUCUCUGGAAGUCCCUUCCUCCACUUAUGUUCCCCAAGGCAUGACCUCAACAGAAUCCAACUCUUCUGCCUCUGUUAGACCAAAGGUACCAAGUGGCAUCCAGGAAGGGACCCUCUUUGACAACACAAGCUCAGCAAGGGGGGAGGAAGGUGCCAACAAGAUCCUCCUAAACCUCCAGGUCUUUAAGCACCAGCAAGGUCCCCGCCACAGACACAUCCUGAAGUUGCUGCCUAGCUCCAUGGAGGCCCCUGGGGGCGAGAAGUCCAGCACACCCAUCAAGGCCCCGAAGAGGGGUCAUCCCCGACAGAACCUCCACAAGCAUUUUGACAUCAACGAGCAUGUGUCUUGGAUGAUCAUGCUCUUCUUGCUGCUGGUGCUGGCGGUGAUCGUGGUGGGCAGUAGCUGGAAAAGCUCCCAGACGCUGAAGAAAGGGGCCCGGCAGGAUCCCAGCACCAUCACGGAAAAGGCAGGGCCGAAGAAAUCCAUGACCCCGACCCCGAACCGGGAGAAGUGGAUGUACUACAGCAAUGGCCACGGGAUUGACAUCCUGAAGCUUGUAGCCGCCCAGGUGGGAAGCCAGUGGAAGGAUAUCUAUCAGUUUCUGUGCAAUGCCAGCGAGCCGGAGAUGGCCGCUUUCUCCAACUGCUUCACUGAGGACCAAGAGCAGGCCUAUGCAGCUCUGCAGCAUUGGACCACCCGGGGGCCAGAGGCCAGCCUGGCUCAGCUCAUCAGCGCCCUGCGCCAUCAUCGACGCAACGAUGUGGUGGAGAAGAUUCGUGAACUGAUGGAAGAUACCACCCAGCUGGAAACGGACACACUGGCCCUCCCCACCAGCCCGGGCCCCUUAAGCCCAAACCCCAUCCCCAGCUCCAACACGAAACUUGAAAAUCCCAGCCUCCUGACGGUGGAGCCUUCCCCGCUGGACAAGAACAAGGAUGAGUCGGAACCGCUGCUUCGCUGUGACUCCACAUUCAACGGUUCCUCCACGCUGGGCAGGACCGGUUCCUUUAUUACCCAAAAAAAGAAGGACACAGUGUUGCGGCAGGUACGCCUGGAAGCCUGCGACUUGCAGCCCAUCUUCGAUGACAUGCUCCACAUCCUGAAUCCUGAGGAGUUGCGGGUGAUCGACGAGGUUCCCCAGGCUGAGGACAAACUGGACUGGCUAUUUGAGAUUAUCAGAGUUAAGAGCCAGGAAGCCAGCCAGAGCCUCUUAGACUCCGUUUAUAGCCAUCUUCCUGACCUGUUGUAG